UGCACGGCCCCUUCGGCGCUAUGGCGGCGGGUCCCGAGCGCGCGCUGCGUGAGGCGGCGGCGGCGCUGGAGCGGGGCGGGCCGGGGGCGGCGGCGGCGCUGGGCGCGGCGCGGGAGGCUGUGGCGGCGGCAGGGGGCCCCGCCGCCCUCGGGGAGCGGGAGCGGGCGCUGCUCGGCGCCUUCCUGCGCAGCCUGGCCCGGGCGCGGCCCGCGGCCGAGUGGCGGAGCUUCUUCCUGGAGGCGCCGCCCGGUCUCGCCCUCUCCGUCCUGCUGGAGGCUCUCGCCGCCCCCGGCUGUGCGCGGGAGGCGGCGGAGGUGUUGGAGCGGUUCCUGCGGGAGGGACGCGUCCCGGCGCUGCUGUGGGAGCUCUGCCAGGCCCCGGCCGGCUCGCCCGAGCUGCAGGAGGCCCUGCUCGGCCAGAUCGUGUGUCUGCCCGACCAUGUGAGCAACAAGCUCCAGGGGAAAAACCCCCCCGUCUUCUUCCCGCAGAACUACUUUCCUCUCCUGGGUGGUGCAAUUAUCCAGGUGCUGCAGAAGAUCUCGGAGUCUCUAAGAGGUGGCUUGGAUUGCUCCAUCUCUUUUAUUUCUCACGUCCUGGGGAAGGUAUGCGUUCAUGGGAGACAAAAGGAAAUCCUCAGCGUUUUGGUACCCCGCCUAACGGAUCUCACCAAGUCAGACUGCAUCUGGCAAAGAAUAUGCUGGCGACUGGUUGAAUGCGUACCAGACCGCUGGAUGGAAGCGGUGGUCCUUGGUUUUGUCCAGAGAGCACCCGGGGCAGAUGUCUUGUCUAGGUUGCUGGGGAACCUGGUUGUGAAAAACAAGAAAGCUCAGUUUGUGGUGACCCAGAAGAUGCUGCUCUUGCAGUACGGCCACACGACUGCAGUGCUACAGAACCUCCUUGGCUAUCUGGCCCUGGAUAGCCUUCGGCGUGCCUUAUUGAUCAAGGUGCUGAAAGAGCUGCUGGAGACCUGGGGCAGCAGCAGUGCUGUGAAGCACUCUCCGCCUGAGCAGCAGCAGUAUAUUAGCAAAGCCAUCCUCAUCUGCCUCUCCCACCUGAAGGAGCCCGAAAUCGAGAGCUGCAGACAAGAGCUUCUCACAAGCAUGAUGGAGGGUGUGAAAUGCCACUUGGACAGCAAUCUGCCACAGAUACGGCGCCUGGGAAUGAUUGUGGCAGAGAGCAUUAGUUCAAAAAUAAACACUGACGGGCCUGUCCUGAAGUUUCAGUAUGAAGAAGAUGAUGAAGCAAGAGAACUGAAGUCCCUUCUGGUGCAGACUCCACCAUUCUGUGUUGUCCCCGGCCCUCCGGAUGAUAACAGGAAUGAUAAAACAGAUGCUGCGCUGCCAGGGGAGUUGGAAAGCAACAAGAAAUCACAUCCAGCAGCCCCUGUGAAGCCAGAGGAGGAGUCGGAUGCUGAGCUUGAUAGUGAUGAUGAUCUCAUCCCUUACGAUAUGUCAGAGGAUAAAGAACUGAAGACUAAGGCUCCUGUGUAUAUCCGGGACUGUAUUGAAGUCCUGACAGGCUCUGAAGAUGUGGACAAAUGGGAAGCUACCGUCAAGGCUCUUGAGAGCUUGGUUCGAAAGAAUCCAGCAGCAACGAGAGAGGUUAGCGUGGAGCUGGCAAAAAUAGUAUUGCAUCUGGAGGAGAAGACCUGCAUUGAAGGCUUUGUGGAGCUCCGUCAGAGAGCUCAAGUAGCUAUUUUAACCACAGAUCCAAUACCCGUAGCAAAGUAUUUGACCUCCCAGUUCUACUCUCUGAACUACAGUCUUCGUCAGCGCGUGGACAUUCUUGAUGUAUUGGUUUUGGCUGCUCAGGAGCUGUCCUAUCCCAAAUCCCAUGGGAAGACCAAGCAUUCUGAUGCCCAGAAACCUUGUAUCCAGCUCCUUCCUGGAAGCGACAGCUCUAAGGACUGGAGAACAAUUGUUGAUGAGAGGAUCAAAAACAAGACUCGGAGAUUUGCUACGGGUCAGUCUCAAGUGGAACGCGCUUCCGGCCCAAAUGAGUUCAAUUCUGUUGCUGGGCACUUCUUUUUUCCGUUGAUUCAGCACUUUGACAGGCCUUUGACGACGUUUGAUCUCCUAGGGGAAGACCACUUUGUCCUUGGAAGACUGGUCCACGCUUUAGCUAUCCUGAUGUACUUGGCUGUUAACACCGUGGCAGUUACCGCAAUGGGAAAGGCGCUGCUGGAGUUUGUUUGGGCUCUGCGUUUCCACACUGACUCGUAUGUGCGCCAGGGUCUUCUGUCCUGUAUCUCCUCGGUGCUCCUCAGUGUCCCUGCAGAACGUCUCCUGGAAGACGUGACAGAAGAGCUUUUGGAGGCUCAGUCCUGGCUGGGAGAUGUGGUGGAGAAAGAUCCAGAUGGGGACUGCAGGAGGCUUGCCUUGCAGAACCUGCUACUCAUGGAGAAUCUGAAAAAGAAACUCCAAACUGUCCCUUCCUAGCUGAGGGGUAAAAGACAUGAGCUCUGCCUCCCGCUCCUGCCAGCUGGCUGCGUGCAGGCACUGCCGGGGCCUCUUCAGCAGUCACCUGGCUGGGGAAGAGGAAGAAGGGGGGAAGGGUGCAGAGCCGUAAGCCAGCGAACCUGACUUGACAUCUGGACUUUGUAGUGGAGGCCAAUUUAGUGAGCUAUCGCUAUCCGGUACGGAGUGUACAGAUGCAGGAAGGUAAGGCCAGUGCUGCCAUCCUCCCCGCGCCUCCCCAGCCCCCACCCCCAGCUAUUUAUAACCUUGGCAGGUUGGAGCGCUCUGCUAAAAAUACAGGGAAGAGCUCACAGCAGACUUCUUGUCAGAAAAACAGGAGGGCCGGAGAGGGCCACGUACCUCCCAGGGCGAAGUCUGACAUGCCCUUAACGAAGGCUGCCGUGUCUCCUAGCAGUCAGCGUUUGGCGGAAUAGUUAUUGGUCUGCCCUUCAAAGGGGUGACACUGUGUAGGGAAUGACGCUGCAGCUGAGAUGUAAGAACUGCAGGGCUACACUGAAGUUUGGAAAAAUGUGACAAACCUUAAAGGCUCGAGCUAGAGCUGGGCUGUGGUUAGGCAGGAACAAAGCAGGAAUGGUUUUUUUGUAUAAUCUUAGUACAGAAAUAAGUUUCUAUUAAAGGAUAACUAAUGUCCAGAUUUUGGCCUUACAAUCUGCCCCCCCGGCUUUCUUCCCUGCAAGCCUACAAUUCAAGAACUUCAUGUUCGCCCCGAGUUUUGAAGCAAGUCACAAAAAGGGGAAAAAGAAAAAUGACUGGAAGCAGACGGGCUGGUUGGUGUGACAUGUACGAGAGCGGCUUUAUCAGCACACCUUCCCAGGGCAGGGUGACAGGCUGAAGAGUGAGCAGAACCUUGGUCGCUUACGUUGGGGGCUUCACUUCUCACAGUCCUACUUGUGCCAGGGAAGAAAGUCGCAUCCCAAAAAAAAAAAAUCUGACUCAUACGGAGCAGCUUGAUGUAACUGUGGUGUUUGGAAAAGAAGCUUCCCAGGGAGAAGGAAGCUUCACUGGCGCAAAGCGACGCGGAGUGAGCAGGGAGGCUUGGAGCAGGUGACCUCUGGAGGUCCCUUCCACCCCAGCUGUUGCAUGGGUCUGAGCUUUGGUGCAGGUUGCUGUAGAUGGUAGCUCGAACCUACGCGGCCCUGCCUGGGGCUGGGGGAAGUCUCCCUUCAGCCUGCAGCAGGGGAAUAGACGGACUUUUAGCCAAUCUCCUGCCCAAAUGGGACAGAGAUUGUUUUCAAAAGUUCUGACUUCUAGGGAACGACAAAUCACUUCGCACCUUAGCAAAUCAAAGUUGUACUUGGAAGAUUUUUGUCAACUCAGGAGUUUCCACCUCAGUUACUCAGCUCUUUUCUGUACUUGGAAAAAAGCCUGAAGUAACAAUGUGCAGCUUUUGUUGUUUUUUGGGUUUGUUUUUUUUUCCCCCUCAAAUUUAUUAAAAUACUAAGAACCGCUUCAGUACAGGAUAAACAUGUGAGUCUUUGUAUGUAGUGCUUGAGAUAAUACUGUUGCUUGUACAAACAGGAAAAAUAAAUUUCUUGGUAAUAACCAAAAA